AAACACGUGUAAAGAGGAAGAGUUGACAAGUGGGAGAGGGGCGCUGGAAGUUUAGUGGGUGAAGUGUCAGUGUGGUGGUCUGGGUGGGGUAAUUGCGGUGCGGAGGGGCGGCAGAGGGAAGAUGUAGCAGCGUUAGAUCGCUCAUAGACAGACUAUUACAUGGAGAGCCUAUAGAGAGAAGCUGCCCAGACCUCUCCUGAGUACACUGCGCUGUCUGGGAGGAUUAUGGACACAUCGCUGUAAAUAGAGGAGGCUCGUGCUGCUUUCAUAUGUGCCAAAGAAUUAGCUGACAUUUGCUGCAUCACACUGUGCCUUGUUUGUACACAAAGGGGCCAUAUUUAUUAUAUCUGUUUUAUCUAUUGUCAUUAUUACCUGGGAGGCUCAGAUCUACAGGAACAUGGCAAGUGUGUAAAGUUUAUAUAGAUUAUUGGGAGACUGACACUAGAGUAACAGAAGAGGAGAGAGAAGGUCGCUCAGCAUGUCUGUGGAGGAUCCAUUCUCUGUGGUAAGAGGGGAGGUACAGAAGUCACUAAAUACCAGCCAGGGCCUCUAUCAGCGCUGGUGUGAGCUCCUACAAGAAGGCAAUGUGACCAGCGCCGAAGAGUUUGAUUGGACGACUAAUGAGCUCAGAAAUUCCCUAAGGAGCAUAGAAUGGGAUCUGGAGGAUUUAGAAGAGACCAUCAACAUCGUUGAAGCGAACACGAAAAAGUUUAAGAUUACGGAAGCUGAGCUGAGUGAAAGAAGGAACUUUGUGGAGAAGACGAGAAGUUCACUUAAGGAAAUGAGGGAUCACAUCUCCAGCCCCCGAGUUCAGGCCUUCACAGAGAGAAAGAACCGAGAGGCGCUGGGUGUCUCUCGGCCUACGGCUUCAGAUCACUUUUCCCGCCUUGAUGACGAUCUCCUAUCAGGGAACUCUCGUUACAUAGAGGACCAGCAAGCACAACAACAGCUGAUCAUAGAUACGCAGGAUACAGAGUUGGAGUUGGUGUCGGGCAGUAUUCGAGUGUUGAAGGACAUGUCGGGACGUAUCGGAGAUGAACUAGAUGAGCAGUCUGUUAUGCUUGAUGGUUUUUCCCAUGAGAUGGACAACACUCAGACUCGCAUGGACUCUGUGCUGAAGAGAUUGGCCAAAGUAUCCCACAUGACCAGCGACCGGCGGCAGUGGUGUGCAAUCAUCGUUUUGGUGGCUGCUCUCCUUAUUUUGCUGAUCGUGCUGCUUUCACAAAAAGGAUAGUAUUGGUCCCAGGCGACCCUGUAUAUGGCGUUUUACAAGUUACAAAUUGUUAUUACAGGUCAAUUGCUUCCCAUUGGACAGGGACUCCACCGCAGCACUGCCACAUACCAGCGGAUAUACACAGUAAUGAAUAAAAUAUUAUAUUGUUUUGUUUUUUUAAUCUGA